UCUCUCUCUCACGCACGCCAAAGGACUGAUCUUUGUACCGCAAAAGGUCUACAAACCAUAAAAAUCGUAGCUUCUCGCCGGAAUGAUCCCUAAACAGACCACGCCGGAGUCAGACAGCCAGGCCCCGCCGCCACUGGCCCGUGUGGCGGCGGCCGCGGCCGCGCAGGAUGGGAUCCAGCCGUCCUCCCCGAACUUCUUCUUUUCCUCCGCUGCCGCCGCGAACCCUUCCUUCGGCUCCCACCGCCGGAUCGCCAUCGCUGUCGACCUCAGCGACGAGAGCGCCUACGCCGUGAAGUGGGCCGUCCAGAACUACCUUCGUCCCGGGGACGCCGUCAUACUCCUCCACGUCCGCCCCACGUCCGUCCUCUACGGCGCUGACUGGGGUUCCGUCGACCUCUCCGUCUCCGAAGAGGCUGCGGAGGAGGGCGCCGGCUCGGACGUGUCGCAGCAGAAGCUGGAGGAGGAUUUCGACGCCUUCACCGCCACCAAGGCGCAGGACCUUGCGCGGCCGCUUGUGGAGGCUCAGAUCCCUUUCAAGAUCCACAUCGUCAAGGACCACGACAUGAAGGAGCGGCUCUGCCUCGAGGUGGAGCGGCUCAGUCUCAGCGCCGUGAUCAUGGGCAGCAGGGGCUUCGGAGCCUCGAGGAGGACUGGCAAAGGGAGGCUCGGCAGCGUCAGCGACUACUGCGUCCACCACUGCGUGUGCCCCGUGGUGGUCGUCCGCGAUGAGGGGGCCGCAGCUGGAGCUGAUGCUGGUGUUGUUGCAAAGGGCGCUUGUCCGUCGAUGGCAAAGGGGUCGGCAGAGGGCGGAGAGCUUCACCCUGUCCCUGAAGAAGAUGAGUACCAUGAUGCCUACAUGGAGCAUAAAGACACUUGACAAGUAUUUGCUCUCGGGUCAUCUUGAAUCCAGGCCGUGUCGGACGGAGGCAUGGAACUGAGAUGGAGGGUGACUCCAGCACUUGAACCAAAUGCUGUUCUUUAUCGCACUUGUCAACUGCCUUGUAAGCUGGUAGAUUCUGAGCAUCCUUGAGUUCCUUGGUCAAAGUAGAUGUUCAUUUGACUUAUCUGUAAAAAGUAAAAAAAAGUUGAUGUUGUUGGGAUAUUGUCCUCCUUUUGGGGAUGCCUGUAUGAUCUGCAUGUUGUUAUGGUGUUUUCAGAAAAUAAAUGGUUGUUAGAUCA